AAGCAAAGGAAAUUGGUGGCGAGUUCCAAGGAUAUUCUCACAGAGCCAAAGGAACCCAUUUUGCCAGGGCAACAUGGACCAGCCAAAUCCAACCUACGCCGUCGCGGAGACCGAAGAAGGGAUCCCCAUCAGCUGGGAGCCGCGAUGGUGCCAGUUUGACCAUCUGAAAGAGGAGCUGUGGCUGGGACAACACAAUGUUGACGAUACCAGCACCCGGACAAAAAUAACACAUAUAGACUUUUUCGGCCUUGGCGUUAUUGGGAGUGUCUGCUCUGUGGCAUACGGAACAUGGAGUGACAGUCCUACCAGUCCGACCAGCCUUGCAGCACUUGUGGUCAUGCAGUUUGACUUUCGGGCAGGCUCUGGGCCUCUUCGGUACAAGAGUGCGGAAAUAUCUAUCUCAUUUAAAGGCCAAAAGCCAGGGACCUGUCAUCCUGUCAUCCACCAAUUCUUUCCAACAAGUAACAAGUCCCGCAGCUCACAGCCCGCACUGCGAAGGUCAGCAUCGAUGUUGCCAUCAGACCCAUUUAUCUGGUCGCCAGACGAGUACAUUAUCCGGGGCAAGACCUGGUUGUCUAAAGGCGUCCAGGAACCUGACGAGGUAACCUGGACCAUAAAUGAGAUCCACGGAAGUAAGUUCGGGAUUUGUGAGCCGGUAAAACUGGCCUUCAUAGUGGCACAUCGGGGGCCGUUCCAGGCCACCGUCGAGGUCGAAGCCACCACCGCAAUCAGCCUUAUCAAGAUCAGCAACACUCCAUGGUCUCGGGACGAUCCUCUGUUAUUCGACUGCAUCACCCACAAGGGCAUGCCGCUGCCAGCGACGAAUCUAAACGAACUGGAGCCCCAAGCAUUGGCGGAUUACAUUGCUCUAGCUAGCCCAUCUUCAUCCGCGCUUUCAACCGUAGUCUCGGGUCUUGUGACAGCGCCUUCGUCUUCCCCUAAACAAGAAUCCACUUCGACAUCCUCAGGAGCUGUGUAUAGAGUACAAGGGAUUCCAGCAACAUGUAUUAGAGGCCAGUUCAUCAAAGGUCUCGCAACAGCUCUCAACCUUGACGCAACUUCAAUUCGGAUACAUUCAUUCAUGGCGAAUCCAUAUGGCACCAGGGUUGAGAUGAUGUCCGUUCUAUCAUUCCACAAAACCCCCGAAUUUCUAUGCGUGAAGUCCACAAAGAAGGAAUGGCAUCUGGAUGUCACAUUACCGUCACAAGGAACCGAAUCCACUCCGGCGGAAAACACAACCAUCAAACUCCUAUUCGACACGCACUUCCUUGGGUUCUCCGUUGUCGGGACGCCCUUUGCAAAUUCUGAUCAGAUUGAAGUUGAUAUCGUUGCAGUUCACGGGCUUGGGGGACACGCAUAUGGGUCUUUCAAAGAACGAGGCGGUAGUUACAUGUGGCUUGAAGAUUCGUUACCAGCACAUCUCAGGGCUGCAUUGGCUGGGUGCGCUGCAAGGAUCCUUUUGUACGGGUAUGACGCUCGUGUUGAAAACACAAUCUCCUUCCAGAGCAUUCACGACCUCGCGGGUAGGUUAAGAGGCUCACUAAGAGCAAUCAGACCAGGUAUUAUCAAGAAACGCCCCUUGGUCUUCAUAGGCCACAGUCUCGGUGGUCUCAUCAUUAAGGAGCUCCUGGUAAUGCAGAACGAGCCUGGAGGUGACGAAACGGACAUGCUCAACCUCAGAGCUACCGGAGGCGCCCUGUUCUUUGGUGUUCCCCAUCGCGGAAUGGACAAUUCUGCCUUGCUAGCCGCCAUUGGGUUGCAGGCCAACCGUGAUUUUCUCGAAUCACUGCGAAUCGGGUCUCCUGAACUCGAAAAGCAGUCACGGCUGUUUUCUUCCGUUUCAGCCCUAGAUGGGUCUGUUAUCUUUUCGUUUUUCGAAACAUGUAUAUCUGGAACAGCGAAAAUGGAUAAUGGGAAAUUGACCAUGAAUGGCGAUCCUGCUAUUCUCGUCAGCAAGGACUCGGCAAAUCAUACCGAAGAAUACUCACGCUUCCUCAUCCCCAUCAACCGCAGCCACUCAGAGCUGGUCAAGUUUGAGCGAUACAGUGAUGACUACGAAAGAGUGCUAGAAUGCCUCCAGGAAAUAUUGGAGACAACAAGGGAAAUCAUAACUCGAAGGCUAGCAAAUACGACACUUUGAUCAUGCGAAUACACAAAUAUCAUGAGCACGAAAGGAUAUUUCAGAUAGUGUUUAUGCGUCAUCAUCUUCAAUAGAAUGACUUAUGAAUCAAA